AUGUCUGGGAUAAAAGGCGCGCGUAACGACCGAUGGGCACCCCCACCCGAUCCUGACCGGCCCAAUUGCCCUUAUGUUCCAGGAUUCCAGACCGGCAUCGAGACUCAUAGACCUCCGACCCUUUUCGGUGGCCGCCUCUAUGGUCGGGGAGAGCGUCCGGACCCAUCGGGAGAAUGGCUUAGCAACGCAACCCAGAGCGAGCAUGUACUCGCCUAUCCUCCACUCGAAACCUCAAGCCCAAUUCAGCCCGCCACUGCUAAUCUGACAGUCAUAAAGACCAUCAGCAUCGGUAACGCGAGGGGCGCGCAGCUAGUCGCCUGUCGUGUGGCGCCGCAAGAUGGCAAACCACCUUAUUCCGCUGUGGCGAAAAUAUACGACGCACUUUACUAUCCUUUCUCCGAUUAUAUCAUACGGGCGCCCAUAGAUGUCGUCGACAUGGCUGAUGAAGACUACAGCCGCGAGGCUGCUGCAUACGAGCAUCUCAAAACCAGGGGCUCCACUGGAUCCUUCGCGCCUGCUUACUUCGGGUCUUGGACGUUGAGAAUGCCAAUCACGAAAGACGGAAAGACAAUCCAAAGACCAGUCCGACUCAUACUGAUGGAACACCUCGACGGACCCUCAAUGAGAGACAUGUAUGCCCGGAACGCCUCCGGACCAAAUGCCACCUUGGAUGGGUUUCACCUCGAAGAGGAAUACAGACUGGAAGUCCUAGCGCGACUGAUGGACGGGUUAUCGAGACAAUUGCAUAUGGGAGUGGCCCAAAGAGACGUGGCACCGCGAAAUGUCGUUGUCGUGCCGCCACCCGCGGCGAGACCCUCGACGAAGCCUGUGCCUCGCGUGGUGCUUGUCGACUACAACAAGUCCAUCGUCUACGAGAGAACUAAAUUCGGGCAACGCGCCUGCCAGAAAAUGGAACUUCCACCAAACCCGAUGGAACGCUAUUGGGAUGAGUCACUGCCGGAUUUGGCUGGCUGGAUCCCGCAUGAAUGGUAUCGAACGUCACGGCUUCGACAGGAGUGGUUAACUAAUCGAUUUGGAGGGGAGAAGAGGUCUUUGUACGCGCCCAUAAAGAAGACUCUAGAGUUCACAGAUGAGGCCGACGAGUUAAAUCCAACUACGAAAAACGUAAGUACAUAUGUAGUUGCAGAUGCUGCAGGACCGACAGCCAGGGCGAUCUCGCCACACAGGAAACGGACUCGCCCAGUCGUCCUCAAGGAAGUUGCGCCGCCGCCGGUUAUGAUGCCGGGUGACAGGUACAGCACGUGGCCGAUACAGGUGAUCCCGCCUCAUUUGAUGCAGAACCAGCACCCCGAGUUUGAUGAUUGA